AUGAAUACUGUUCAAAUAAGACGACUUUCUUCGCGAAUAAAUCGCAAGACAGUAUCCAUUGUUGGAUCAGGGCCUUCUGGAUUUUACACAGCGUACCAUUUACUUAAGAAGUCGCCAAUUCCAUUGAAUGUCACCAUAUGGGAAAAAUUACCCGUUCCUUUUGGCUUAAGUAGAUAUGGUGUAGCACCUGAUCAUCCAGAAGUCAAAAAUUGUGAAGAAACGUUUACUACAUGUGCAGAAGAAUAUUCUCUACCUAAAGAUCAGAAACAUAAAUUCUCUUUUGUUGGCGGCGUGACCAUUGGAAAAGAAAUACUAUUAAAAACUUUAUUGGAUAGUCAAGAUGCUGUUAUUUUAAGUUACGGUUGUACAGGUGACAGAAAACUGAACAUCCCUGGUGAAAAAGGAACAAAGGGAGUAUUCAGUAGUAGAGAAUUUGUCAACUGGUACAAUGGACAUCCUGAUUUUGCAAAUGAUAAGAGAUUUACUGAUUUUGAUUGGAGUAAGGUCUCAAGGGUUGGUAUUAUAGGCAAUGGUAACGUCGCUCUUGAUAUUACGCGUGUGUUAAUCUCUAAUCAAAUCGAUGAGAUAUGGAAAGAUACGGACAUCUCAACUCUUGCACUAAACUUGAUAAGAAAGGCUCCCGUAAAGGAAGUUAAGCUAAUUGCAAGACGAGAUUUCGUUCAUUCUAAGUUCACUAACAAAGAAUUAAGGGAGCUUUGGGAAUUAGAGAAAUAUGGCGUUCGUGGUUGCAUAGAUUCUAAAUUUUUCAAAAAAGGAAUGUUUGAUCUCUCAAAGUACGAUCGUGCGUUCAAUAGACGAGUGGAAAUGUGUAGUGAAUAUCUUAAACCGUUUAACGAACGUUCAAAGAGAAAUUAUAAAAAGACGCCUCCUCCGAGUAACGGAUAUAAUAAAUUUUGGGAGUUGGACUAUCUAAAGACUCCUUUGGAAAUUAAUAGAAAUGAGUCUGGUGCAAUCAAUUCAUUGACUUUAUGUAAUAACCAAUUACAUGAAGAUAACAGUUUACAACCCCUGAAGGACCCAAUCAAUAUCAUGACGUAUAAGAUAGAUUUGUUGGUUUCAUCACUGGGUUAUGCGGGUGUUCCCAUGCCUGAAUUUUCUAAUCUAUCCGUCCGAUUUGAUAAAGACCAUAUAGCUAAUGAACAAGGUCGUGUUUUAACUACUAAUGGAAGAAUAUUCCCACGUUUGUAUGCGUCUGGCUGGAUCCGUAAGGGCAGCAAGGGUGUUAUUGCCUCGACUAUGCAAGAUGCUUUUGAAGUCGGGGACAAAGUUAUACAAGACUUGGUAGUUAGCGGGGCGCUGUCCUCAGGUAAGUCCAUCGACCUCUCUAACGUCAAGCAUACCACAUGGGAGGAUUGGAAAAGAAUUAAUAAGAAAGAGUUGCUUCGGGGCCAGAAAGAACAUAAAACCCGAUCGAAAUUUUUGACGUUCGAAGAAUUAUGGAGUCGUACAAAGAUCGAAUAG